AUGCCCGUGACGUCGCGACGGUCCAGAUUGCGGAAUUUGAUCAGCGAACGAGACGGCGACAAGUGUGUCGUCACCGGAACUUUGAAUGUACACAAGGGUCCAUAUCCCUCCGAGGACAUUGAAGGGUACCUCGAAGCUGCUCACAUACUACGAAGAUACAUUGUUCAUGACCAUUGCGGAAACAACCACAUCGCGGGAACGAUCAACAUAAUUAAGCAUCAUACCAAGCUCCCCGAGAAAAUCAUGGACGACCUAGCUGGUAUCAUCGAUAACCCAGAGAAUGGAAUGUUACUUGAUAUAACAAUGUAUCGUAGAUUCAACAGCUACGCAUGGUGCCUACACCCCCCAUGCACUGGUUCCAUCAUGUUCCUUUGGGAUCACUCUCAAACUGGCAUUGAGCUUCCUGACCUUAGGUUCAUAGCGCUUCACGCUGCGGUUGCACAUGUCCUACACCUUAGUGAUCCUUCAGAAAUCAUAGACAAGGUUUAUAAUGCGUUCUUUGACAAAGGUUUUACGGUGCCGUCCGGAAAUCGUGCUAGCGGGGAAGAUUUCCUCAUCAGACUCUCGUUGAUUGGGUUGAUGACAAACAACCAUCAAUUACCUCGUGGGGGUAACACGGGGUGA